AUGUCACAAUCCAGCCCCUCCCAGACCCCCGUUGCGUUGGGCGACUUGUCCAAGUUGAACAUCCCCUCCCUCCCCCCAGUCACCCCUCAACCCCCAAAGCCUCACGGCUUGUGGUCGUCCAACCCCGUCUUCUCAUACUUAAAUGACGCCUACACCACCAUCAGCGAACACCGUAAGUCCUUGGGCUUGGUCAACCCAGGAACCGUGGAAAACUUGAACAAAGAGGUCACCAGAGACGUGUUCUUGAACCAGUACUUCUUCACCGGGUUGAGAGCCGAUUUGAACAAGGUGUUCUCGUUUGCCCCAGUUUUCCAGACCUCGCACACCUUGAGUGUUGGCUCCCAAGUGUUGCCAGCCUACGCCUUCUCGGCCGUGUAUGCCAGCGACGACUACAUGCUCCAGGCCAACAUGGACAACGACUACUCGUUCAGCGGUAGAGUCAACUACGGAUGGGACAAGCACAACAUCUCCAAGUUGACAUUGCAGUUGGCCAACGCCCAGCCCUCGAUGGUCCAGUUGGAACAGGACUACCAGGGUUCGGACUUCUCCAUCAACCUUAAGGCCUUGAACCCAUCUUUCAUCUCUGGUGGGUUUACUGGUGUUGCUGUGGGUUCUUUGUUGCAGUCUUUGACUCCUGCCUUCUCUAUCGGUUUGGAGACCAUGUACUCCAGACAAGCCAUGGUCGCUCCUCCAGAUGCUGCUGUGAACUACUUUGCUCGUUACAACGCCGGCAACUGGAUCGCUUCGGCCCAAUUACAGGCCCAAGGUGCGUUGGUUGCUUCUUUCUGGAGAAAGGUCACUGACAAGGUUGAGGCCGGUAUCGAGACCCAGAUCGCCGCCAGUGUCAAGCCACUUGCUGACCCCAUGAUGAGUGCUGCUCCAAUUGGUUACGAGUCCGUUGUCGAGGGUUUGACCACCAUUGGUGCCAAGUACGAGUACCGUAGUGCCGUUUUCAGAGGCCAAGUCGACUCCGCUGGUAAGGUCAGUGCCUUCAUCGAAAAGAGAGUGUUGCCAACCAUCUCGUUGUUGUUCUCGGGAGAAAUCGACCACCUCAAGAACUCGUCCAGACUCGGAUUGGGUUUGCAAGUUGAAUCCGCUGGUAAUGAACAAGUGAUGUUGAUGCAACAAGGCUUGGUUGAUCAAAACGGUAACCCAGUUCCAGGUGCUCCUCAACUCUAG